AUGAAUGCGGAGCCACUACCUGUAGAUAAUGCUUCAACAUUCUAUGACGAUGCGUCGUACGGAAUGUACAAUGAUAUGGUCCAUGAACUCUUUCCCGAUUCACCAGACGUGGAUGCCGAAUCUUCGGAUGCCUUGGUGCCCGUGGUGAGGCCAUCAAGCCCGAAAGAGGAGGAUGACUCCCUUAGCAGAACGGCUUAUGGGGAUCUGCUAAGUAAAGCCGUGGAGGCUUUGCGAUGCCAAGUUACCAAUACAACUAAUAAGCUACAUGCUGAACAGGGUCCAGAUUCGUCGAGAGCCUUCCUUUCUACCGUCACCGCCCUGUCCACGUUGCCGACCGAGGAUUUCGCCCGCAUCUGUACUGGCAUUUAUCGUGCUUCGACCUCCUUCUACCCCGACACCCCUCCUGCCAGCGACGCAGGGCCUGGGUCUCCCUUAGCAGACUCGACCAAAGAAGAUAGGACUCCACAACCAGUCAAGAGGAUACAGAUUCAAGAGAAGCUUGAGAAAUUCAUUGCGAAUGCCAGAGUCGCUCUCAUCCAGCUCGUUAAUAAUCAUUGGGAACGACUUGCUAGUGGCCUGAAGGUGCAAGAGCUCCAAGGCGACCCUUUCAGUAACGACAAGCGGCUGCGGCGAGUAUACCAUCACCACGAGCUCCGGAGGCUGAGAGUGGAGACAGAGCUGCACUGGUUGCGGCGGGCACUGUCGCUGAUCAGGAACCUCCGCGACUUCCAGGAAUAUUUGGAAGAGAACGACCACCGUCCUUCGGACACCUCGAAUCAUCGACUCCGUCAUGCCUACUUAGUAUAUAUCUAUACUGCUGGCUUCAGCUCAUCCGCAUUAAACAUAUAUGAUAUCAAGAUAGCUCUCAAGGAAGAUCUCCGAUACGCUAUCCGCUGGAUAAUCUUUAUUAACGCCUUAGGCCUCGGUACUAUCCUUAUUAGCGGAGAAGCUAUUGCGAAACUCGUAUAG